CCGGCGGUUCCUCUCGCGGGGAUUGGCUGCGCGCGGCGUUGCAGCUCAGCUCGUGUGGCGGCGGCGGUGUUGGCGGCGGCUGCGGCGAGGAGAGUUUGGCGCGAUGUCUCACACCAUCUUGCUGGUGCAGCCCACCAAGAGGCCGGAAGGCAGGACCUACGCCGACUAUGAGUCUGUGAACGAGUGUAUGGAAGGCGUUUGUAAAAUGUACGAAGAACAUCUGAAGAGGAUGAAUCCUAACAGCCCCUCAAUCACAUAUGACAUCAGUCAGUUGUUUGAUUUCAUUGAUGAUCUGGCAGACCUCAGCUGCCUGGUUUACCGAGCUGAUACCCAGACAUACCAACCGUAUAACAAAGACUGGAUUAAAGAGAAGAUCUACGUGCUCCUUCGCCGGCAGGCCCAGCAGGCCGGGAAGUAAUCGAAUGGGAAGCAUUGGGAAUGGGGUGGGCGUGGAACACGAGUGUGUGCAGCGAGCUAUAGUGGGAGUUUUGUAUUAUAGGAAUCCUGUUUCCAUUUUGUUACAUUCUAGCCAGGAUGGAAUAUAUUCCAUAAAUGUGAGGAUCUUGUUCAAUCUGAAACCCCCACUGCCCCCCUUUAUUUCUUUUUAUUUUUUACUUUAAACAUUUUUAUGAUGAUUUAGAUGAAAGUUGUCCCUUGUCAUUUAAUGUUGGCUGCAAUCCUUCCAACUGUUGAUGUCUCCUUUACAACAUUCACUGUACUAACCCUUCUUCAAGAUGGGGUGGGGGUGGUGACACAGUUUAGCUAUGUCCUCAAGAUAAAGUCUCAGUGAAAAGUAAAUAAAUGUUCUUUAGUUAUAUUUUC